AUGCCGUCGAUGUCGUUGCAGAUUCCAAUCCUCGCCCUCAUCGGCCUCGUGACUUCGUGGUUGCGUAGACGGUUCUUCGUGGCUUCGUCUCUGAGCAAUUUGCCUGGACCUCCGUCUCCGUCCUGGCUUCGAGGCCAUAUGGACAAGCUGUUCCAUGCCCAAGGGUGGGAUUUUCAUCUGAAGGACAUCGUCGAAUACGGCACCGCCGUCCGACUGCGAGGGUUUCUUGGGGAAGACGUCUUAUAUUUGACGGAUCCCGAAGGUCUACGUCAUAUCCUUACCAGAGAUCACGAGGAUAUCUACGACGAGCCGCCGAUGAUAAUCGAGAGAAACAAACUCUUGUGGGGGCAUGGUCUUUUGUCGUCCACGGGCUCUGCACACAGGAAACAACGUCAUGCGCUAAAUCCUGCCUUCUCUACGAGCCGUCUAAGCGACGUGCUUCCUAUAUUUUAUGCUAUCACACACAAGCUUGAAGAUCGCCUAGUGGAAAUUCUCCGAUUCGGUCCUGCAGAAAUCGACAUGCUCAUUUGGAUGUCACGCGUAUCACUCGAGCUCAUAGGGCAAGCCGGGAUAGGCGUCUCGUUCGACAACCUGACAACCGAUUCGCCGCCAAACAAGUAUAUGGUGGCAGUGAAACAGCUUAUCCCCUUGGCGUUUCCGCUCCAGGGAUUUAUGCGCUUAAUCCCAUAUAUUGUCAAGCUUGGCUCACCGCGUCUACGUGGGUUCUUAGCAGGAAUCGCGCCGCACCCUAAUAUCAGGAAGCUGAAGGAGAUAAUCUAUUUUCUCUAUGAGACUAACUCUUCUGUCUAUCGGAAGCGCCUCGACGACCUUUCAAAGGGCGAUGAUGCGGCUAAGACGAUGAUUGGGAAUGGAAAGGACAUCAUCAGCAUCUUGAUCAAGGAAAAUGCUGCCCUGCCACAGACAGAGAGGCUGACCGACGAUGAAAUUAUUUCCACUAUCGGGACCCUCGUUUUUGCUGGGCAAGAUACAACAUCUGUUGCUCUCUCACGUAUCCUUCACACUCUCGCCCUCGAUCAAGAGCGACAACAGAAGCUACGUCAGGAGCUUCAGCAGAGCCUUUCCCACGACUAUUUAUUCAGGGACCUGGUGGAUCUGCAAUACCUCGACGCUGUAUGUAAAGAGACGUUACGUGUGUACAUAUUCGCCAGUCACACAGCUUCAUCGCGUGUAAGCAAACUUGCACAUUCGCCCGGUACCCUCAGCAUAAAUGACGUGUAUUCUGUCUUGCGCAGCCCCCGAAAAGACGCUGUCAUUCCUCUCUGCCGCCCUGUGCGAGGUAAAAACGGAACGCCCAUCGAAAAAGUGAUGGUGCAGGCAGGGACGAUGGUCGUCGUUGGCGCUGCCGCCGUAAAUCGUGAUCCGCUGAUAUGGGGUCCAGAUGCACACCUAUGGAGACCAGAGAGAUGGUUAGAGCCUAUGCUCACAAGCACGACAGACGCGCGUUUGCCAGGCGUCUAUUCGAACAUCAUGUCAUUUAUGGGUGGGGGCCGAUCCUGCAUUGGAUUCAGAUUUGCCGAGAUGGAAAUUAAGGUCAUCCUCUUGAUUUUGAUACCCCGCUUCAAAUUCGAGAUAUCGGACAAAAAUAUCGUGUGGAAGAUGUUCAACUUUGCAACACCUACUGUCCAUGACACUCCCAGUUUACCGCUACAAGUUACCUACCUGGGAUGA